AUGGGCGAGAACGGCCCAAAUCUGCUUCAGCAGAAAGUGACUGAACGAGCCCGUGAGCAGAGAGCGACACGCGAUGCAGCACUGGUGAACAAAUUCCACAAAACGGCCGGAUCCAACGUCAUCCAGAGGCGACACACUGGUACACAACCUGUCGUCAAAGUAAAUGACGAAGGAGCAAGUACAGGUUUUACGGCACGAAGCCUCAUUCAACAUAGCUGACGCCAAACCUGUCAACAUGAUUGCAGCAGUGGAAUCGGUCAUUAAUCAGACGGAAGCGGCGGAGGAGACGAAAACUUUACCCGACACCAAGUGUCGUCCCUCCUUAUGACUCACAAGCCGCACGAAAGACUUCCAAAGGUCGAACGCGAUUCACCAAGAAAACUCAAUGCCGACAAGGACAUCGUCAUCGUGCAUGCGGAAAAGGGCGUUCCACCGUCGUACUGGACAUAACAGACUAUCUUCAGAAGACUAAAAACCUACUGGAGGAUCGCCAGUUUUAUGUCUAUGUGAAACCAACCCCGUAAAGACGCUGACACGCGAAAUUAAUGCGGCACUGUUGGCACUGGAGAACUCUGGUGUAAUAACACCGACCGACCGACGCAUGGCGAGAGCCCGAGACCUUGGCCCGAUUCUUUGGUCUCCUCAAGGUGCACAAGCAGUUCGUUCCUCUCCGGCCCAUUGUAUCGCUGAAAGACACUCCAACGUGCGGACUGGCAAAAUGGCUGUUACGGCGCCUCAAAUUUCUGACCGCUGAUUUGGGCACCACCGUCUGUUCAUCAACAUAAUUACUGCAGAAGCAUAAAGAAGUGAGUCCCUUGUCAAAUGAGGUCAUGGUAUCUUUUGAUGUCACGUCCUUAUUUGCUAAAGUUUGAACCACCUGAGCUAAUAGGCCCCACCCGAAGCAGUAAGUUUAAUAAUUUAUUAAAAUGGUUAGCUACAUAUUCUGGUAUAAAAUCAAGAAUUCACCAAAUCUUAUAAAGUAAUCUGACUGCACAAUCAUAAUUGUGUAAUUAUAAAAUCGUAAAUCCACCAAAAGUUUAGGCAUUUGCAACAUGGAAAGUCGUCAAGGUAAUUGGCGAUAGAAUUUCCUCAAAAAAUUGAUGGCGUAGCGCAGAGAGAAAAGCCUACCUAAGAAAGUGUCUGUAUAGACAUCUUUGUCCAAAUUUGCUGCAUUGAAACGGAAGCGAUAGUAUCAGGACUUCUUCUUUCUACCGAAUAUAAAAUGGUACCCCUAUCUGUAGAUUGGGUACAAAAUUAACCAUUGUAAAAUGGUCGCCAACGAAAUAAAAUUAUAUUUAUUAAUCUCCUGUCGUAGGUGCAAAUUGAGCUGAGUUCGCCCAGUUUAUCACACUUUGGUUUGAAUGAAAGUACGAUCAGCAAAUCAUGAAUGUUAUAUCAGAGACUAGUUGUUCUCAAUUUAUACCUGCAUAUGUUAUGUGCAUCUCUAUGUUAAGACCAUUUUUAUAUUUCGGACUCGGUGAUUUGCCUCGAAAACCAAAGCCCAUAAUUUAGAAGCGCGCCAACAGAUUUACUGGGUUUUCUUUGUGUGGUCACAUGACAAACAAAUUGAAUGCCUGUUCUUAUUCUAAACCACAAUGAAUUUAUAUAAAUCCGAAACGGUAACAGUCUAUUACGUUUAUUAGCAUGUGGUGAUAAAUCAGCAGCAUCCUUUUUUCACAGCCUGGCGAGUGCUUUCGAAGAAAUUUUAGUGUUCUUUAAUCUCCAUCUAGGUAACGUGAUCCACCUUUCACAGUAUUAAAUAUAUGUUACAAAUGUGUGAUUUGAGGUCAUGAGCACACAUUUUUGACAUUUAAUCGGGAGGCGGAGAUAUAUUUCGCAUCCUCAUGGACCGCGGCCGAGGUUAAUCAAAUACGCCCACUUUAAAGUGCUACAAGCAUAUGCAGCGCUUACCCAACUGUGGAGCAUUACGGAUUUCUACAGGGGUUUUUAUAUCUCGCAGAAAGUAUCUUGAUGCGGAGUCCCCGGAACCAGUAAAAUCGGCGUUUCGUCAAGAAAGGUGUGUACAAUGCGAGCCAAAAUAUUAUUGCCUCCUUUUUAAUGAAUCGCCAUUACUUUACUCACGCAAAUUUACAGUAGAUGUACCUGGAGCACCCUCAGACGGUAGAUGUGCUAACUCAUGAAAUGUCCACCAAAAUUUCGAAAUGCGUUCUCGUUUCGAAAAGACAAAUUAACUAGUAUUGUAAAAAUAAGCAUAAUGUAGCAUAAGUCUAUCAUAAUCCAAUUACCUCAGGCUGUCGGCUUUCGAAAGAACUUAUUUGCGGCUGCAUGCAAGAUCUAUACUCUGCAAAAAAUGACUACUUAGAUAGCAUGCAAUUUUCUCAUUGAUUUUCGACGCCCUUGAAUAUGUAAUUAUAUUUCAUGGAAAACAUGCAUAAGAAUAUUCAUUCUUUUAAUUAUUCGGUAGAAAAUCACGUCUUCUUCCAAUUUCAUACUCGAAAAAGAGUAUAAUUUGGUUGUAAAAACUUUUCUAAUUCCCGAACAAUUUUGAACCCGACCUGCUCUUACACUUGCAUUCAGGGUUUCAAAACUACAAGCUGUUUAUUUUCUGCGUACGGAAAACCAGGAAUUUCUCUACGGUGUUAAGAGGAGACUACAUGAGGUUCAUAAAAUUAAGCAGUGGAUUUGAAAACUAUUGUUAACUUUAAAAGCCACAUUCGCAAAUGAAGAUACAUGAGGUUUCAUGAACGGCCAUUUAACGGUAUUAAAAAAUCUCACAGUUAGAAACUUUUUAAAAACCGAAUUAUACUCUUCUUUUGAGUAGAAAAUUGGAAGAAGACGUGAUUUUCUACCGAACAAAUAAUAGAAUAAUAAUUUUUAUGCAUGUUUUCCAUGAAAUAUAGUUUAGUUUUCAAGGGCAUCGACAAUCAAUGGGAAAAUUGCCUACUACUUAAGUAGUCAUUUUUUGCAGAGCAUAGAUCUUGCAUGCAGCCGAAAAUAAGUUCUUUCGAAAGCCCACACCCUGAGGUAACUGGAUCAUUAUAGAUUUAUGCUGCAUCAUGAUUAGUUUGACAACACUACUUAAUUUAUCUUUUCGAAACGAGAAUGCAUUUCGAAAUUUUGGUUGACAUUUCAUGAGUUAGCACAUCUACCGUCUGAGGGUGCUCCAGGUACUGGUUUGCCAAGGCUUUUAGCGCACCGUGCUAGUUUAAUGUGUAUAGGGAUGAAAAUGCGCUGAGCCAUCGACCUCACUCUCCCUUCAGAUUUUAGGGGUCCCAGCCACUGUCACGGUCCGGUUAGUUGAAAGGUGCGGGGAAUGGAUGCGGUGGGUGACGUAUUUAAUGACCUUGACUGCGUGCGCCACAUGCACGACCUGAUCCCCCAAACACAAGCACCAUGAUUUCACGCAAUGGGGGUAAAACGGAAUGUAUCUCACAUGCGUGAGCGUGCCAGAAAAUGACAUGAAGAAGGGGUCGCUUCAGUCUGGCUGUCAGUUCACUAGUCCGCCACUACGCUCAUACACAUACAACUGGGUUGAAUUCGUGGACUGAGUUGGGGCGUCAGUCAGCAGCCUUUCGAGCCGCAACGCCGUAUGUCGUUUUUUCCAACAGCCAUGCCGACCUAUAGAUACUUUACCAUAACCUACUCGAACAACAAGUACCCCCACAGAUUCCCAGCUGCGCAGUAUGUCACUUGAACACCAACGUCUUGCAAAUACACCAUAAGUCACCUGAACACCACAGCUCGACAAAUGCAGCACUCCCCGCUUAGACGCUACAAAUUAGUAAUUAUGAUGGGUCACCAACACGCAAUUGCCAGAAAGGGCUGCAAAAAAACAUCAUGAGGUCCGUAGUCGACUUCGCCUUGUAGUGUAUCCACAGAGAGGAAGACGCAGUUGCCAACACUAUGGCACGUACCGACAUCGAUGCCACUGACAACAGUGGCCAUACAAAUCCUGGCAGUCCUUCAAAUGUCUUGUCAUAUGGAUACAUCACUCCUUUGUUCAACGCAGCUUUCGGCUGAUGUAUUCUUCUGCCUUAGCCCUCACCGGGAUUCAUUGUGUUGACGAGACCAGCCCGGCAUCCCAAUUGCCUAUAUAACGACCGCUCCUCUUUACAGAUCGCAGCAUCAUACUCGUGCGCAGUCCUAGGUGCUCCUGUCAUCAAAGGAACACAAUGGUGCGACGCAUCAAUUUCUUGUUCGCAUCAAGGUUAAUAAUAUCGUAGCGGUUUGUGUCCGGUGGAUGGCUGUCGCUGACAGACAUCAUGGUCACCCCUGACGUACAUGUUUAAGGCGCUGUUGCCUGGAGGUCAUUCACAAUCAGAGACUAGAUUUACCAUCGUAGAUAUACUAUAUUUAUAGCUAUAUCUUAAAUAGAAUGACACAAUUAAACAGUGGUUUCAGCGUGUUGUAGCGGCAAAUAUCACUUCCUGUAUGUGGUUUGUAAUAAUAAGUCUGACGGCUGUAUUCGACGUGAAGUCUAACGUAAGAAAACCGUGGCUGGGACAAUUUACUAAUUUUGGGAUUUGCAUACCAUUAAAUAUGAAGCGUAAUUUAGUCCAUGUUUUUACACAAAGUGUGGUAUGGAUCGGCUCGGCUGAUAGCACUGCGGAAGAACUUAAGAUUGUCUGGAAUAUUUAUCGCCAAAAGGGGUACCCCGAUCAAUUCAAUGCUAAAUACAUGAGUGGAAGACCCCCAAAAUUCUUUACGCUGACGGCAAAAAAGUAGUAGCUUUUUGUCAGGGCACCGUUUCAAGGGGACGCGCCAAGUGAAUAGAGGUAUACAUAGAAGUCAGUCUCUGAUGACUUAGGAAGCGUAUUCGGAACAGGUAUAUUUCAGCUGAAUCAUUAGUUCAUAUUCAGCAGUUUCAUUUAAUUCAACCUAUCUACGAAUCCUGCAAACAAAAAUUAUCCCUAGACGGUUUUUUGGCUAGAUUAAAGUCGACCGUAGAGCUGUGCACUUUAGACAACUAAUCUUCCGAGUUGUUGCAUGAAAUGUAGCAAGUGCCACAUCAAUUAACCAUAACAAGGUCAUAAUUAUGCUGUGUCCAAAUUAAGUGACAAUUGACAGGAUAUAAGGACAGUCCGCCAUUUGUUUCCGAAUCAAAAAAAACUCUUUCAAAAUUAAAUCAUGAAGCAAAUAUUUUUUUACGUUAAACAUUCGAGUCAAAGUUUUAUUCUUUCAUUCAGAUGCAGUUAAAGCUGUCGAAUCGUCUAAUCACAAGUUACACUUAAUACUACUUAUUCCAGGACUAAACUAUCAUGCAUUUUAGUAUCGGCUGACAUACUUUGACAGCAUUUGUGAAAUGGGAUUUUUUAUACAUGAGUAAACAGUGGACCAUCAGUAGAGCGAUCUAGGCGUUUGAAUCCUAACAGGAAUAGAGGCUAAAUUUGGUAAGUUAAGCGCUCGCAAAAUGGUUUGUAAAAACCGUGUUAAUGUUUGCAGUGGAAAGUAAAAUCCAGUAGAACAUACUCUUGCCUUGUUUUCUAGGCAGCUUUUGCUGGUUAACUGACAUAGCGAGUUCAUCGAACCCGUGAAGUGACCUGUUGAUGUCACGAGAAGUCUUCAGUUGCAGGACCCAGUUCUUACUGCAUUGGCUAUGCAGAGUGAUGCUGUUUGAGAAGGUGAAGAUGCGAUCACUGGAACAAGAAAUUUAUUGGCCUGUUGUUUCGGUAAAUUGCGCUGGCAUCGGUCUGGUUCAGAUCAAAAGGUUUACCUACAGAGGUCAUUCAGCCAUUGAUUUAGAGUUAAUGGUAGCAUUCAGAGCCUUAUCUCCUUAGAGUUGUAUACACAUAUUGAGAAUAUUAGGCUUUUUAAUCGCUAACUAAUUAACAGACUGAAAUCUACAGGCUUAGUUGAGCACUUACGAUGUUCUUAAACCUAAAAAAACAAGGGAAGACACCCCGGACCAGAAUGCCCUAUUUUGUCUUGCAACAUCGUACAAUACCUGUUCAUUCCUCAGCGAACCACGGUAUAAUAUAAGUAAUUUCUUAUUAAAGUUUUUCAUUCUUUUCAAGAGCAUUCAUUAAACGUUCGUCGAAUACGUUAGUUACAUUGAAGAAUGAUGUUAUAUUGUCAACCAACUCGGCAGGUAUAAUUCAAGGGGUUAUCGGCAACUAAUGAUUAACUACAACAGGUUUCCUCUGUAAGUACUUUUAAAAACAUGUUUAUAUGAGGGUUUUGCCGGUCAUUAAUUGCAGAGCCUAGUUUACGACCGAUCAAGUAAAACACAUAAAGCCCUUAUUCGAUGGCCUUCUAAUGAUAUAACGCGGUUGACGCCGAUACAUGUUGAAACCAAAGAAUUAUGCUUCCGUCUAGAGCUGGCUAACGCAAAAGUUUAAUAUAAAAGUUCGUAACUAAUGGCAUAUGAAAUACGUUAGAUAAUAUCCACUUAAAGCCAUCGAAUGUAAGCAUUCCCCUCAGUUUUGCAAUGAAACAGCUUACACAUUUCGUGGAUCUUAAAUAUUUCCCAGCCGGAUGUAAAACUGGAAUUUUCGCGAUCAACAUCCCUUUCAAAGCGAUCAACGGUUGACACCAGUUAGGGAGGUUUAAAUCGUCACCAGAGAUUACUCAAUGUCCUAAUUUUCAGCUGUAAUGAAAAUUAGCAGUUGACCUUUCAACAUUCCAUCAGGCAAUCAUUUCUGCCUAUAGUCAAGGCAAAAAACAAAUACCCAUCUCAUUUGCUAAUCGAAAAACAACCUUCUGCAGACAUCCCCCUAACAAUCUGCUUAUGUAAUAAAAAGUCGAGCAUACCGUCGCAACUGCAUUAAUGCAAAGUAAAUUCCUUACACAUCGACUUAAAUUGUCUUUCAUUUAUACUGGGUAGGCAAGGACGCAUUAUGCAACCCCACUCGAGUAACAAAAGCCAGAUCAUCGUGACAUAAUGUGUCCUCAUCUCUUCAUAAUUGACGCUUCCGCGCUCUCGAAUGUCCUCUACGUCUUUCGUAAAAACAAAUUGUAAAAUCUGCGAAAACUAUCCAAGUUUUCAUUGCACUGGCAGAUGUCGUGGUACCCUUACCAUUUCUCGGAGAUCGGGUUCCUGGCACUUGCGCUCUUUUGCAAACAGCUGUAGAGCAAUCUAGCUAGAGGGCAGAAUAUGCCACCUUAAUAAGUAUCCGAAUACUUAGCUGCUCUCGCAGUUAACUUUCCUUCGUCUAGUCCCCUCCAUAAAAUUCGUAUCACACGAUGACCUUUUUAUUCUUCCUUGAGUGCUGGUUUAUCCUGUGUCCUUGCCAAUAGAAAUGGCAGCCCAUUGCUUGCCCAAUCAGGUAAAGCAAUGAUUUUGGUCUCUUUUCCUUCCGAAAGAACGUAUCAGUAUGACAUCCCAUACAAAUAACCGUCAGGUUAACACUCGAAUAUGACUGCUCAAGCAUUUUGAACGGUGAUGUCUGCACUAAGCCCCAGGACAUAGCAGCGGCGAUUAGGUGGGCGGUAUUUGUUCUCUAAAUUUCAUUAUCGGACAAACAUGCUUAUAAGUUUACUGACAAAUUGAGUUACUUAUCCUUUAUGCACGAUGACCUGGUUAUUCUUCCUUGAGUGUCGUGCUAUGCUGCGUUCUUGUCAAUGGACAUUUUAACUCAUUGCUUAUCUAAUCAGUUAAAGCCAUGCAUUAAGGCGUUUUCAUCUCAAAGAACGUAUCAAUAGGUCUCUUGGUUCACUUAUAUCCUGCCCGACCUGGCCAUCGACACGCUCGACGGCCUUCUCCGAGAAAAAUACGACGAGACCGACCAACAGCUUAAGCGAGUGCACAUCAUCGAGCUCCUAUAACUGUGUCUUAUGACUUUCUUCACAUAUAGUGGCCAAGUAUACCAGCAACAGAAGGGAACGCCAAUGGGCUCGCCUCUGUCUGGGCUAAUUGCCGAAGCGGUUUUGCAGAGUCUGUAGCGACUUGUAUUCAGCUCGUACCAUCCGAAGUUCUGGGCCAAAUAUGUUGAUGACACAUUCAUCAUAAUAAAAAAGGAACUACUUGCACGAUUUAAAGGUACAUUUGAAUCCAAUAUUUUCCGACAUACAGUUUAAUAUGGAAAAAGUGAUCGACAACCGAUUGCCCUUCCUAGACGUACAAGUCACAAAACUAGCAGACGGGAAUAUAAAGGUGACGGUCUACCGUAAGUCGACUAAGACUAGGCGCAUCCUGCACUUCAGAAGCAACCAUCCCGUCGGUCACAAACGCAGUUGUGUCAGGACCCUUCUCCAACGUGCCUAAACCCACUGCAGCGACGACGGUGACAGGAAGAAGGAGGUAGAGUACUUACGUGCCCUAUUUGAAGCCAACGGUUACCCGAACUCGCUCAUACGCAAGUGCCUCAGGAAGUCCCACUCUGGGUGGUAGAGCGAGGAGAAACCAAAUUUCUGGCUCUCAAUCCCCUAUGAGAAGAACGUUUCAGAGGCAACUUCGAGAAUUCUGAAACCUUUUGGAAUUGGUGUGGCGCAUAAGCCAGCAUCAACAAUUAGACAGCAAAUCAUGAGGCCCGAAGACCCGCUACCGGUGACAUAACAAUCAGCGGGGGUCUACAGCAUACCAUGCCAAGAUUGUGAUUCACGGUAUGUUGGUGAAACGGAAAAAGGCCUAUGCACAAGAUUGCAUGAGCACCAAUUAGCACUCAACCGUAAGGAUUAGCAGUCUUUGGUGUAUGGCCACACACUAGAGCGAAACCACAGUUUCGUCUUCGAGAAAGCGAGUGUGAUUGGCCGAGUCAGUGAUGAAAUGGCCAGACUGACGUUGGAAAGUAGAUCCUCGACUGGCACACUCAACCAAGCCAUAGACCUACAUCCCGCCUACCAGGCGCUUCGCGCAAGACACGGCCGUCGAAUGAUCCGAGUGCUAUUUCAAGAAUGGCGCUCACAGAUUCGCAAAUACCGUCAGAGGAUUGACCAAGAGAAAGCAAGGCGCUGUGAGGUCAUGGACGACGACGGCAAAAAAACUGCUUCAGCAGAGGCUGGCCGAACGAACCCGCGAACACAGAGCAACGCGCGAAGCAGCCCUAGAGAGAAAAUCUCGUAAGCUGCCUGCUCCAAUGUCAUCCAAGAAGGACAAACUUGUGGGCAACUUGACGUCAAAGGAGCUGACGGAGGAACAAAUGCGGGUUUUACGACAUGAGGCCUCAAUCAAAACGGCCGAUGCUAAACCUGCCAGCAUGAUCGCAUUAGUGGAAUCAAUCUUCAGCCAGACGGGAGCGACAGACGAAACGAAGAACCUUAUUCGACACCAAGUGUCCUCCCUUUUCUUGACUCAUAGGCCGCGCGACGUGCUUUCCAAGGUUAAGUUUCUGACCUCCUAUUCAAACACCACAGUCAGCUCGUCAACGCAAUUCUAGGAGAAACUUAAUUGAAUAAGUCUCCUUCCAAGUGAUAUCAUGGUUUCCUUUGAUGUCACGUCCCUUUUUACUUCUAUCCCGCAGGACCUAGCAGUCGAGACCAUCGAACGUCUCCGACGAGAGAUAUACGACGAGACGGAGAAUCGCCUUGGACACGUCCGAGUCAUCCAACUCCUGGAAUUCUGUCUCAAGACGUACUUUACGUUCGACGGAACAACCUACGAGCAGGUGAAGGGAACGCCAAUGAGUUCACAGAUUUCGGGACUCAUAGCCGUGGCAGUCCUACAACGGAUGGAGUCGCUGGUUUUCCGACACCACAGACCGAAAUUCUGGGCUCGGUAUGUGGAUGACGCCUUCGCCGUCAUCGAACAGCCUUUCUGUUAA